GUCGCGCGCAUGGCGGGCUGUGUGGGAAGACUGUCUGCUGGUUGUAGUUGUUUGGCGGGUGGAGGUAUGGGAGAAGUUACACUGCGAGCACGUGAAUUCUCAGCGGAAAGGCGAGUGUGGAGUGAAGCAAGGUCCUGUGAGACUUUACCUUCAGCAGGGAGAGCAGCUCCAGCCUCGACUCAGAGCCGGCGGAAACACAAACAAGCUCGUGGAGAGGAACAGCAACCGAGCAGAGGGUUUCAAAAGUGCCAUUAUGCCAUGGCGUCUCUGGGCGCCUCCUUCGUUCAAAUCAAAUUCGAUGACAUCCACUUCUACGAGAACUGCGGCGGCGGCAGCUUCGGCAGUGUGUACCGCGCCCGCUGGCUCUCGCAGGACAAAGAGGUGGCGGUGAAAAAGCUGCUGAAGAUUGAGAAAGAGGCCGAGAUCCUGAGUGUCCUCAGUCACCGAAACAUCAUCCAGUUUUAUGGCGCCAUUCUGGAGGCGCCGAACUAUGGAAUUGUCACGGAGUAUGCUAGUGGGGGAUCAUUGUAUGAGUAUCUCUCAAGUGAUGCAAGUGAAGAAAUCAGCAUGAAACAGAUCAUGACCUGGGCAACAGAGAUGGCUAAAGGAAUGCACUACUUACACGCUGAGGCUCCAGUGAAAGUUAUCCACAGGGAUCUCAAGUCCAGAAAUGUGGUCAUGACUGCAGAUAAAGUACUCAAGAUCUGUGAUUUUGGGGCGUCCAAGUUCCACUCACAUACCACACACAUGUCUCUGGUGGGCACAUUCCCCUGGAUGGCCCCGGAGGUUAUUCAGAGCUUGCCUGUGUCUGAAACCUGUGAUACAUACUCCUAUGGAGUGGUUUUGUGGGAAAUGCUGACUCGUGAGAUUCCAUUCAAAGGACUGGAGGGGCUGCAGGUGGCUUGGCUGGUGGUGGAGAAGAAUGAGAGGUUAACCAUUCCCAGCAGCUGUCCAGCCAGUUUUGCAGGCCUGAUGAGAAAAUGCUGGGAAACAGAUCCAGUGAAAAGACCCUUGUUUAAAGAGAUCAUGUCCACACUUGAAGCCAUGUGUAAUGACAGCCAGCUCUCUGACCAGUGCAAUUCCUUCCUGCAAAACAAAGCAGAAUGGAGGCGUGAGAUUGAGGCCACUCUGGAGCGCUUAAAGAAGCUGGAGAGAGACCUGAGCACUAAAGAGCAGGAACUGAAGGAUAGAGAACGCCGCUUAAAGAUGUGGGAAAGGAAACUCGUAGAGCAGUCCAACACACCGCUGCUUCCAAACCUGGCCAUCCAUGCUUGGACAGAAGAACAUGUGCAUUUCUGGAUGUCCCAGAUCUUUGGAACAGGAGAGGCGAGCUGUGAGAUGCAGCGCUAUGCUGAAAUCUUUAUGCAGAACCACAUUACAGGUCGCAGACUGCUGCUUCUCUCUGAGUUAGAUAUGAGAGAUAUGGGCAUCACCUCCAAAGGACACAUCAUACACAUGAAGGCUGAAAUUGAAAAAUUAACCAACGAUUACCUGGGACUGUUCCACUUCCCUCCAUUAACCAAGGAUGAGUGGGCCCAAGAAGAAGAAGAGGAGGGCUGGAGGAAGAGUGUAAAUCUGGAGUUGGUGUUUGGUUAUCACUGGAAGCCAGGAAAUGGAUCACAGGACUGCAAAUGGAAAAUGUACAUGGAGCUUGAUGGAGAUGAAGUCGCCAUUGCCUACAUCAAAGAUGUUACUUUUAAUGCAAAUCGACCAGAUGUGGAACUGUUAAAGAUGACUAAGCCACCGUUUGUGAUGGACAAGUGGAUCAUUGGCAUAUCUGACAAACAGACUGUUGACUGCAUCAUAAACUAUGAGAGUGAUGUCAGAUCUCCAAAGAGCACGAGACACGUGCACUCAGUGCACUGGAGCUUAGCCAGUGGGGGAGACGAAAUCAAAGCUGUAGAGCUGCUCAUAGAUACUGCACCAUCAAACGGAGAGGGGAACUUCAGGAGCCGCUCCAACUCCGGCAUUGAUCCUCAGUGGAUUUCUCAUUUGAGGCUAAAGCAGAUGAUGGAGAACCAAGCCCAAGAGCGCAACACUCCCACUCCCAGCUCCUCUGAUUCCAUGACCCUCCCUCAGUUCUUGUCUGUUUUUGGGAACCAAACAUCAUAUGCUUCUGCUGUGCGAAAAUCACCCAAUCACAGUCCACUUUCACCAUGGGCCAACUCCAGGAGCUCCUCCCCUACACUCUCCACCAAACUCUCCUCCCUCCACCUGGGGUCAAAGGGCAGCAGCCCGUCCAGUACGACCUCUGAGAGCGCGUCUGAGAGAGAGCGGCCUUUUAGUGCGGGAGCUGCUUAUAAAUACCCCAGAAACUACUACAACAACUACAGCCUUAGCAAUAAGCAUGCGACUGUAGGAGUAGACAGGAGGCUCUCUAACGGGUACAAUCAUCAUGUGAAUCAAGCUGACGCUAGAGGAUAUCAACACGGUGGACGAGCCCGGACCAACAGCAGCGUGGUACAACAGAACCACCCAAGAGUUAUCCCAGGCAUCGUAACAAUAUCAGCAGAAAAGCAGAAGAAUGAACCAGAGGAGGCUAAAGGCAACGACGGCGGGUGGAUCAAGGUAGAGCGCAAAAAGCCUCCCAAACAAGAACACAAGCAGCAAGACCAGAGAGCGCUCAGAGGCCGUCCACGGAGAGGAGGACGAGGGGGUGGACGUGGGCGGAACUAAGGGCUUUAGGUCGUGUGAGUGGACGUGCAGAGUGUCCAUGAGGAACUGUUUUAAUAAUAAUAACAUGAGCAUUACAUUAUUUAAACAAAUAAGAAAAACAUCUGAAAAAAAAUUUGUGUGACAAGAAUUAAUUUAAGAAGAAAUAUAUACAUGAAUUAGUACAUAUUUUAAUAUAAUAUAUAUAUAAAAUGCAGAUUUAUUUAUUUAUUUUUUAGCCUUAUAGCUUUUCGGAACAAGGGUCCAAAGCUGUGCCAGGGUUCUUGUAGAAAACCUACUAAAUGGUCUUUUUAGUGACCAUUAUUAAUCCAAAGAUGAUGUCAAUGCUAGCUUGAUGAUGUGUUAUGUAAGCAUUCCUUAUGCAACUCUUAAACACAGUAAAAUACUUUUAAGGCAGGGAAAGGAAUGUCAGUUGAUCAGGUGUUUUUAACACAAUUUCUAUACAUAGAAGACCAAAGCCUUCACCUCUGCUGCCAUUACCUCUUCCACCAAAAGGGACUUUUUCACUACAGAUUCUUCUACAGCAUUCCUACGAUUAUUACCCAUUAUUACUGACUGUUAUAUUGUCUGGAAUUUAUGUUGUUUUCUGUAAAUACUACGCAUGCGUGUGUGUGUUUAAGUAUGGGCCUGUGCCUGAACAGUAUGAUGCACUGUAAGAAGCCUUAUAUGAACUGUGACAAGUUUUAUUGUCAAAGGCUUUUAGAGGGUUUUAUUUUGACAUUAUCAACAUAAUAAUAUAUAAAAAUGUAGUGUGUAGAUGAAUAAAUAUAUAUAUAUUGACUUCAGAAAUAAAAUAAAAUAAAUUAAUAAAACAUUUUUAAAAACACUGUAAAAACUGUAGCACACUUGUGUGUUCUUUUCACUACUACAAAGUGAAGGAUGUGGUCUGAAGAAAUAGCGCGCGCUUUACGCCCCUUAUGCAAAUAGUUUAAAGUCAUUUGGCGCCACCGCGAAGAUCCUGAAAGGAGCAUAUGUGUAAAACUGAUUCAUGUUAUUUAAGAUUAUAAUAUUUUAUGAUCGUUAUAACA